ACGACGCCGUAAAAUGUUGGGUGGGUCUGAUCCCCAAAUUUCAUUUAACCGACGGAGUCUGAUCUGAGCACCACGCAGAGGCAGAGCUAUAUCACCCAAAAAUUUCAAAUUAAACAGAACAAUUCUUGAUUUGAGCGCACGCAGCAGGAAUCCAUCAAUCAGUACUCAAGCAAAUCCACGCAGUGAUGGCGAAACGCUUUGGAUUUGGACUUUUAGUCUCAUGGUUCCGUAGAAGAGUUGUGGACCCUCUUCACCAAAUCCUUCUCCAGGGAGCCGAGCCCAAGCAGCUCGCAUUCUCCGCUGCGCUGGGAAGCACUUUAGGGCUCUUUCCCAUCUGUGGGGUUCCUGUGUUUUUAUGCGGGUUAGCUAUUGCGGUACUUGGAUCCCACUGUAAUGCGCCAACUGUAAUGCUCACUAACUUUAUUGUUACUCCUGUUGAGUUGAGUCUGAUGUUUCCAUUUCUACGAUUUGGUGAGUUCAUCACUGGGGGACCUCAUUUCGCUCUAACUUCUGAUGCUCUGAAGAAGGUGGUCUCCGGAAAAGCUUCAUGGGAAGUUCUGCAGAGCAUUUUUCACGCGUUGCUGGGGUGGUCUGUUGCUGCACCAUUUAUUUUUGUCUGCUUCUACGUGCUAUGCUUGCCAUGUUUCAAGAUGUUGGUUCAUAGGUUUGCUGCUGCUCCUUCAAGCCCGAACAAGCCACUCGGCUCAAUUGCGAGUCCAAGAAAGGCUCUCAGCUCUCCCUCUGAAAUCAGGCUAAAGGUCAGGGAUGUGUGACCAAAGGAUCGAGCGCUACGGUACGUCAUUGCCAUAAAAUCGGACACACCUCAGAUGUAACUGUUUCAAAAAACAUUUUUGUAAAGGCUGUUGGCUGUAAAUGUUGUACCAUAAUUUGGCCCGAAGUGCUGAAACAUUUAUACAUAUAUAUAUAUAGAGGACUGUGAUUACCAAA